AUGCAGCGACUUCAGCGUCUUGCAGCUGGCGGGCGUGUCGUACAGGUCCUUCGGAGGGGACUGGAGGCGCGAUAUGUACUCGUAGGCCUUGCGCUCGUUCUCCUUCUUCUCCUUAGUGCACUUGUUGUCGAAGUAGUGGUAGUCGACCUCGUACUCCAGGCGCACGCGGUCAACCGAGUUGGGCGGGUACCGGCGCUCGAAGGCUCGCGGGUCAACGUAGUAGACCACGCCGUUCAGCUGGGUGGACAGCAUGCGGUUGUAGCGCGUGUUAGGCGAGAACUGGUACUGCGGGGCGUCGCCGCCGAGGAGCAGGCCCAAGAAUGCGAAUAG